AUGUCUGGAAAGAUCAACGAAGAGCUCAUUAACGACUAUGACUUACCAUUCCUGGACGAUCUAUCGUCGGUCAUCGCGCCUCACACGGAUGGUCGGCGACAAACCUUUAUGAGUACUGAAUUCAUGGAUGAAUCGACGUUGAUGAUGACUACUUGCUGGGACGAGCAGCUAAUAAUUAAGAAUACAGGAAAGAAGAGGCAAAGAGAAGCUAGGUUUGCCUUCAUUACCAAGAGUGAGGUUGACCACCUUGAAGAUGGCUACCGGUGGAGGAAGUAUGGGCAGAAGGCAGUCAAGAACAGCACUUAUCCGAGAAGCUACUACCGGUGCACAUCUGAGACAUGCAAUGUAAAGAAGAGGGUGGAGAGAUCUCACCAAGACCCAGCCACUGUGAUCACCACUUAUGAAGGCCAACACAAUCACCACAACACUGCAACCCUAAGGAGUAAUUCCCUGAUGGCCAUGGUGCCGUCGGAUAACAUUAUAUUGCAGCGUGCCGUGUGCCCAGGAAACUAUACCAAGUGUAGCAUUAACAACAAUAGUACUGUCCAUGGAGUAGUAUUCACAAACACUAGCAUGCACUUGCCGUCUCUACCAUCGCUUCCUCUUCAUUAUCAUCAGCUUCAAUUGCCAGCCGCCGCCUCCUGCUGCAAGACAUUCUGUCAACGCCUACCGUCGCCAAUGAAUUAAGCAAGGCAACUACGUUAAUUAAUGAUUAGUAUGAGUGCAUUA